AUGUCUUCUGCCUCCCCCACGGACGAGAUCACGAGCGCGGUGGAGAUCAAGCAGGAAAAUGUGAUGGAAAUCCUCUCUGAAGCCAGCAAGGUGCCCCCCGACGGGGCCGCGGCGGGAGCCCUCAACCCCGCGCCGCCGCCCCCUCCCGCCGCUGCCCCGUUCCCCAUGGAGCACGCAGGCUCCGCCGCCGCCGGGGAGGAGGGAGCCGCGGACCAGGUACUGCUCCACACGGAACUCCUGGCCAGGAAUCACCACGCUGCCUCCUCUCCCUCCUCCUCGUCGUCGUCUUCUUCCUCCUCCUCCUCCUCCUCGCAGACCCCCCUGGCUUUCUCCCCGGACCACGUCGCCUGCGUCUGCGAGGCGCUGCAGCAAGGUGGGAACCUGGACCGCCUGGCCAGGUUCCUGUGGUCUUUGCCCCCGAGCGAUCUGCUACGUGGCAACGAGAGCCUGAUGAAAGCCCGGGCGCUGGUGGCUUUCCACCAGGGCAUCUACGCCGAGCUCUACAGCAUCCUGGAGAGCCACAACUUCGACUCCUCCAACCACCCGCUCCUGCAGGAGCUCUGGUACAAGGCUCGCUACACCGAGGCGGAGCGAGCCCGGGGCAGACCCCUGGGGGCGGUGGACAAGUACAGGCUGCGGAGGAAAUACCCUCUGCCCAGGACGAUCUGGGACGGCGAGGAGACGGUCUACUGCUUCAAGGAGAAGUCCCGCAACGCGCUGAAGGAGCUCUACAAGCAGAACCGGUACCCCUCGCCGGCCGAGAAGCGCAACCUGGCCAAGAUCACCGGGCUGUCCCUCACCCAGGUCAGCAACUGGUUCAAGAACCGCAGGCAGCGGGACCGCAACCCUUCCGAGACCCAGUCCAAAAGCGAGUCAGAUGGCAACCCUAGCACAGAAGAUGAAUCCAGUAAGGGGCAGGAGGAUUUAUCUCCCCAUCCUCUCUCCAGCUCAUCCGACAGCGUUACCAGCCUCAGCCUUCCUGGCCACAUGGAGCCCGUCUACAUGCAGCAGCUCGGAAACACUAAAAUAGCCUUGAGCUCAUCUGGCGUCUUGUUGAACGGAAACCUCGUGCCUGCCAAUACCUCUCCCGUCUUCCUGAAUGGUAGCUCUUUUCUUCAGGGACCCAACGGUGUCAUUCUCAAUGGACUCAGCGUGGGGGCUUCGCAGACGGUUACCUUAAAUUCACCCAAAACCACGUCCAGCGUUGUGAGCAACGGUGUGUCCAUUACUGACAUAUUGUCGUCUUCGUCAGAAGAUGUUAAGGACUUCAAACUUCUUCAGGCUUCGGUCCCCAAUGCCACGGCAGCCACCUUCAGCCCCACCAACAUCCCAGUCUCAUUCCCAGGAUUGAUACCGAGCUCAGAGGUGAAAAGGGAAAGCGUACAAACUGCUGCUUCCCAAGAUGGAGGCUCCGUAGUUACAUUUACUGCUCCUGUCCAAAUAAACCAGUAUGGCAUUGUCCAGAUCCCCAAUUCAGGAACAAAUGGCCAGCUGUUGAACGGAAGCAUCGGUUUUUCUUCUUUGCAGCUGCCUCCCGUUUCAGUAGCAGCUUCACAAGGUAACGUUUCAGUAAAUCCCAGCACAUCUGAUGGAGGAACUUUUACAACUGAAUCUUCAACAGUGCAGCAAGGAAAGGUUUUCUUCAGCCCCCUCGCUCCAAGUGCAGUCGUCUAUACGGUUCCCAAUUCAGGCCAGGCAGUAGGCUCUGUCAAGCAAGAAGGACUGGAAAGAAGCCUUGUGUUUUCUCAGUUGAUGCCAGUCAGUCAGAACACACAACUAAAUGUAAACAUGUCUUCUGAAAAUAUAUCCAGCGGAGGACUUCAGUCCCUGGCCUCCUCGUUGGUGAAUGUAACGCCCUCACAUAAUUUUUCCCUCACACCACCAACUCUUCUAAAUGCUGCAGAACUGAACUCUGGUAUCUCGGAGAGCCAGUCCCUGUCAUCGCCUGUGACCAGUACCUCUACCGUGAUAUCUAUCAGCAACACUAACUAUGCAACCCUUCAGAACUGUUCCCUCAUUACCAGUCAAGAUCUGUUAUCCAUUUCUACAGCACAGCCCGCGCUUGGAGAAAUAGUUUCUACAAGCGGAGAACGUGUCAGCCACUCCUCUGCACAAGUACAUCAAGAUUUUGUCAGAGAGCACAGGUUAGUUCUGCAAGCCGUACCUGACGUCAAAGAAAAUUUCUUACCUAAUUCGGAGAGUAAGUCAACUGGCAAUUUAAUGAUGCUGGAUUCGAAAUCCAAGUAUGUUAUGAGUAACAUGGUUGACACGGUUUGUGAAGAACUGGAAACGGACAAAAAAGAACUUGCCAAACUGCAGACAGUUCAGAUGGAUGAAGAUAUGCAAGACUUGUAACUUUUUUUUUCUUGGUUUAUGUUUUAAUAGAUAAGUCUCCUGUUGAGGCCCUAACAAGCACCAAGUGGUUUUUUUUGUUUGGUUGGUUGGUUUUUUUUUCAUUUAAGGAAAACAGAAGAACAUUUAAAUGGUCUGAGUAGAUGUGCAGAGGAAUCUCCGGCAAUGGAAUUAGGUUGCCACACUUGGUUUGCAUGCAGUAUUCUCUUUUAAGCAGAUUGAAUGAGAAAGGAAACGCCAGGGCAAGUACUGAGCAAAUGGGUACAGGUUUGGC